AUGAAAACAUUAGUUUUAAUAUUCCUAACAGCUGUGAAUUUGAUCGUUUCGGCGAACGGGGCAACUUUAGAAAAACGGGAUAACGGAAUGUCAGUGAUGACAACCAAACCCGAAUUGCCCACCAGUUUGUCGCUAUAUUACUGUCAAUUUGGAAAUGUUAUGGAUGCCAAUGGAUGCCCCACCUGUCAAUGUAAACCAAAUCCGAAUUGCCCACCAGUUUGUCGUAUAUACUGUCAAUUUGGAAAUGUUAUGGAUGCCAAUGGUUGUCCAACCUGUAAAUGCAACCCUAGACCCAGGAACUUGGCAUCAUUGCCCAACAUUACUUUACAAGGUAGGCCGAGAGGAUUAGUUUCGAACGCCGUUACAGCUGUAGAUAUGACGGCCCUGAGAUGUCCACCGGUUUGCCGUAUAUACUGCGAAUUUGGAAACGUUUUGGAUGUCAAUAGCUGUCCAAUCUGUCAAUGUAAUCCGAAUCCGAAUUGCCCGCCAGUUUGCCGCAUAUACUGUCAAUUUGGAAAUGUUAUGGAUGCCAAUGGUUGUCCAACCUGUAAAUGCAACCCUAGACCCAGGAACUUGGCAUCAUUGUCAGACACUUUCCAAGAUGGGCGGAGCGGGUUGGAUUCGAACGCCUUUACAGCUGUAGAUACGACGGUCAGAUCUAGAUGUUCCCCUGUCAAAUGUUUAAUAUAUUGCGAAUACGGUAACGUAGUGGAUGCUAAUGGCUGUUCAACCUGCUCUUGUAAAGAUUAUCCUGAUUCCGCAUCUAGAGCAGCUCAGCCUCUGUGCCCUCCUAUUAUGUGCUUCGUCUGUCCAUAUGGAAAUGUUGUUCAAAAAAAUAGUAAUGGAUGCCUAAUUUGCAACUGCAAAAUGUACCCAACAACGAUAAAUCUCGAUUGA